AUGCAGCCCCAAUUUCCUCUCCAAGUCCUCUCCAAGCAGCUCAUAAAACCAGCAACUCCAACUCCUCAGAACCUUAGAGAAUUGAAGAUAUCAUCUCUUGAUCAGUAUGAGCUUCCAAUAUAUGUUCCCUACCUUUUCUGCUACCCUCUUCAAGAUAAAACCCAAAGCUCUGAAAGAAGUAAACAACUGCAAAAUUCUCUCUCACAAAUUUUAACCCUCUUCUACCCUCUAGCUGGAAGAUACAUCGAAGACAAGCUCUUAAUCCACUGUAAUGACUAUGGUGUUGAAUAUGUUGAAGCCACAAUAGCCAGUCAUAUAGCUCCAAUUCUUGAGAAAAAUUUUGAUAGCAAACAUGUUCACCACUUGAUUCCACAUCAACAUGAAUCCUCCAGAAGUCCUUUAGUUGCUGUUCAAUGUAACAUGUUUGAGUGUGGCGGAAUAGCCCUUGGCUUGUGCGUUUCACAUAGAAUAGUUGAUGGAUUUGUGUACUCAAAAUUCAUUGAUGCAUGGAGUUCUUUAUGCAGAUUAGGGUUUGAUAAAGUGGAAAAUAGACCAAGCUUCGAUCUGGGUUUGCUUUUACCCACAAGAGAAACUAUGCCUGAGAUCAAGGAUGUGUUUCCAAAUCUUCCCAAGUUACAGAUUGCAUCGGCAACGUUUGUUUUCGAUAAGCUUUCCAUGUCAAAGCUGAGAUCAAAGCUGGGCAAUAGGGAUAAUAACUCAAGGAUGCAGUUGGUGGCAGCGCUUAUUUGGAAAGCGCUUAUUAGAAUGGCUGAAAGUAAACAUGGGAAAUUGAAGCCUUCGGUUAUAACCCUUUUGAUGAACAUGAGAAGAAGAACAACAAAAGCUCUACCAAUUUCUGAAGACUCCUGUGGGAACUUCACAAGGCCUGUUAUGGUGAAGUUCAAGCCAGAAAAGGAGAGAAAAAAGGUGGAAUUUCAUGAGCUAGUUGGUCUGAUUUCUAAAGCAAUUUCAAAUGCUGUAAGUGAUUGUGCAAAGGCCCAAAAUGGGGAUGAGAUUUUCUUGAUGGUGGAUAGGGCUUGGAGUGAGGCAGCUGAAGAAUGCAAUAGAGAGGAAGUAGAGUCUUAUUUCUUUACAAGCACUUGUAGGCUGCCAUUUUAUCCAGAUUACGGAUGGGGGAAGCCUGUUAGAGUGAUGAGGGUGCAAUCUUUUCCUGAAGAAAUUGUUCUGUUGAUGGACACUAGCGAUGGUGAUGGAAUUGAGGCAUGGAUAUGCUUGGAUGAAAAGGAUAUGCCAUUUUUUCAACAAGAUCCUGACAUUAUUGCUUUCACUUCCCAAGUAGAGCGGCAUAAUCAUAGUCAGCUGCAGGGGCUAGCACUGGAGCUGACUUUUCGUGAUGCUUGUGACGCUUGUGAUGGUGCGGCUUUGGAGCGGCAGCUCCCUUAUGGUGAUGCUUGUGGUGCUUGUGAUGAUGGUGCGGCUUUGGAGCUAGAGCUGGAGCUUCAAUUAACUUUCUGUUUGACAGCCCAAACAAGCCGCAGAACACCUUGCAUGGCUGCUUUUCUCCUUCCUGUGCUGUUAGUGCUUCCACAUGAUUCUGCAGCGACAGGCCACUGA